UCGUGGCGCUCCCGGGUGAAGGGUCCGUGGCCGAGCCCCGCUCCCGCCUCCUCCUCAUCCUCCUCUUUUUCCUCCUCCUCGUCCCGCUCGUCCCGCGGCAGCGUAGGGCAGAGCCAUGAGGCGUGCGGGGCUGGGUGAUGGAGCAGCUGCAGGGAGCUAUGGCUAUACCAACAGUGGCUACAGUGUUUACGAAGAAGAGAAUGACAGGUUGACAGAAAGUCUGCGUACAAAAGUCAGUGCCAUUAAAUCGCUUUCUAUUGAAAUUGGAACAGAAGUUAAAAACCAGAAUAAAAUGUUAUCAGAAAUUGAGAAUGAUUUUGACUCUACGGGUGGACUUCUAGGUGCAACUAUGGGCAGACUGAGAACACUUUCCAGAGGAAGCCAGACAAAGCUGUUAUGCUACAUGAUGCUCUUUUCAUUAUUUGUUUUUUUUGUAAUAUACUGGAUUAUUAAACUGAGGUGAUGCAUAUUA